UCCUCCUCCUCCUCCUCUCUUUCUCACCUCCCUCGCUCCGCUCGUCUCCCUCGCUCCGGGUCUCCGUCUCGAGCCUUCCCCAGUCUCCACACCCACUUCCACCUCCCGUUCCUCUUCCUUCCUCUGUUGCGCGUUCACCUCCCCCUCCUGUCGCCCCCCUCCUGCUCCCACCUCCCCGGUUCACCUCUCUUCUUCUCGGUCGUCCUUUCCCGGCGGCGACGACUGGGCUUGCGGCCCCCUUCAGCACGUCUUCGCCGGGUCCUUUGCCAGCGGCGAAACCCACCAGGAACAAAUCGGGCGACUGCUUCUGUGUAGGCACACCCAAAAGCAGCAAUCCCCUCUGGGGUGGCGUGAUCUCCACUGUUCCAUAAGUGGAGCCACCAGGAAGGCUGUUGGAGACCUUCCCUGAUAUAUAUUCGCAGGCUAAGCCCCAAGGUUCUUGUAGGCCUUACUGCCCUGUUCUAGUUGGCGUAGAUGUCGUUUCGCAGUAUUGUUCGUGAUGUUCGGGACAGUUUUGGUAGCCUGUCGAGGCGGAGCUUUGAGGUGACCAUCUUUGGCCUUUCCGGACUCACCGGGCAUCACAGGGGCAAAUCUCAGAGUACGGUGCAUGAGCUCCGUGAUACAGAUCUCAUAAUCCAGGAGAGCCGUUGGGCUAAUCUCCCUCCUGAGCUCCUCCGGGAUGUGAUCCGGAGGCUGGAGGCCAGUGAGAGCACCUGGCCAAAUCGCAAGAAUGUUGUAUCCUGUGCUGCCGUUUGUCGGGCAUGGAGGGAGAUGUGCCGGGAGAUCGUGCUCAGCCCGGAGUUCUGUGGGAAGCUUACCUUCCCAGUUUCUUUAAAGCAGCCCGGGCAUCGAGAUGGAAUGAUUCAAUGUUUCAUAAAGCGAGAUAAAUCAAAGUCUACAUAUCAUCUCUACUUGUGCCUGAGCACUGCUGUACUUACAGAGAAUGGCAAGUUCCUCUUGUCAGCUAAAAGGAACCGCAAAACAACCUGCACAGAGUAUGUUAUCUCGAUGGAUGCUGACAACAUCUCGAGAUCAAGCAGCACAUAUAUUGGAAAACUUAGGUCCAACUUCCUAGGCACAAAAUUUAUGAUCUAUGACACACAGCCCCCUUAUGAUGGGGCUGUUGUCCCUCACGCCGGACGGACCAGCCGGAGAUUCAACUCCAAGAAAGUCUCCCCUAAGGUGCCAACUGGUAGCUACAACAUAGCUCAGGUGACAUAUGAGCUAAAUGUUCUCGGCACAAGGGGCCCUAGGCGGAUGCACUGUGUCAUGCACUCCAUACCUGCCUCCGCAGUUGAGCCUGGCGGCAUAGUCCCUGGACAGCCCGAGCAGAUUCUGCCUCGAGCGUUAGAGGAGUCUUUUCGCAGCACUACCUCUUUCUCCAAGUCAUCCAUCAUGGACCGGUCCAUGGAUUUCAGCAGCUCCCGCGACUUCAGCAGUGUCCGUGACUUCAGCAGCGCCCGCUUUUCUGACAUUGCCGGAGGCACCAUGGUUGGUGACGAAGAGGGACAAAAUAAGGAGAGGCCGCUUGUGCUUCGGAACAAGGCCCCCAGAUGGCACGAACAGCUGCAAUGCUGGUGCCUUAACUUCCGUGGCCGUGUAACCAUUGCCUCGGUGAAGAAUUUCCAGCUGAUCGCCGCAUCAAGCCAGCCCCCAGCCGCUGGGGCUCCAACCCCAUCGCAACCUGCUCCACCCGACCAGGACAAGGUCAUCCUGCAGUUUGGCAAGGUGGCGAAAGAUAUGUUCACCAUGGACUACCGCUACCCGCUCUCAGCCUUCCAGGCUUUUGCCAUCUGUUUGAGUAGCUUUGACACCAAAUUAGCAUGUGAGUAGAUAGACGCCAUGGAAUCGCUGGACUCGGAGCUGGAAAUGCACAAAAGAAGAGAUGCAUCUAGCCCUAGGAUUCUAGCUUGAUGCUUUUGCAUUUUAUUGUGUUCUCUCAUGGUUGUAUUGUGUUCUGCUUCAUGUUGUAGCCUUGGAACCGGACUUCUGAGCAUGUAUGUUUCACCUGCCGGCACCACGGUUGGUGGCAUUCGUAUGAUAUGCAUCAGAUUCCACCCUUAACGUGAAAAGGUUCCCUUGAUGAAUUGUUUA